AUGCCGGGAAUAACAGCGAAGCUACCCCGGGUUCUGCAACUGGUCGGGUACCACCAUGUGUUGAUGAUAAUCAUCGCGGUGGCGAUCAUCCUACUAUCGUUACUAUUAGCAGGAUGUUCAUCGUCCUCCCCGCAGAUCCCCGACAUCUUCCUAAUCUCUAUGUACUAUGAGCGCUACAAACCAACGUUCAAUCUCGCCCAGGUAGAUCCGGGGGUGGUGACAGCAACAGCAAAUAUCGUGGGAGGAGCCGAGAUGGAAGUCCGCGUGGGUUAUUUCGGCAUCUGCGUGCAGCCAGACGCCGGAUCCUACAUCUGCAAUUCGAAUGCGACAGCUUUAGCGGAGAUUGUCACAGUUGACCAAGAUCCGUUGAACCUGAUCUGGGUAGCAUCAACGUUCAAGGAUGCAGUCGUCUUCCCAUAUCUUCUGUACGCUCUUAUCUUCCCUCCCCAGCAAGGUGUUUUAACUGACUGUUGCAAUCCAGAAUUCUUGCCGUCAUCCUCGCUUUCUUCUGCUUCGUCAUUCUCGCCACCUUCCCUGGAUGGCACGACGAGCUGGACCCCAGCGGUUCCGAAAUCGAAGCCAGACCGAUCCCAUCGCGGCCUGUAUCCCAAGCAGCAUUAGCCUUGACUUUUGUGGCCUCGGUCUUCGUUCUUGUCUCAGUAUUAUGGCAGCACACCGCAUCCGUAG